CCCCUCCUAUCCCAACACGCACCCUCCCUCCCCCCUGCUGCUUGCUCGGCUCCCCCCUCCCCUCUCCAAUCCAAGAACCGGCGCAAUGGCAGAGUGAGGAGUAAAUGGCUCAGAGUGUCCGCGGCGGAAAGCGACCUAAACACCGGACUGGGAGCCCACAAACAAACCCAGCAGAGCGGGAAGCCGUCACAGCACCCGGGGACACUUUCAUUCCGACACUUUCAGCCCGUUUUAUUCCUCUUCUAUUUUUUUUUUUGGGAGAGCGCGUUAGAACAGCGAGGAUAUCUUAAUUUGGACAUGUGAGUUAUACGGGAGUUAACAAGACAAGGAGGCUUUCUUCUUCUUCUUCUUCUUCUUCUUCCUCUUCUUCUUCUUCUCCUGGUUUUGGAUCAAAGAUGAAGUUCCAGGCGUGCGUUUUAGUCACUUUGGCGGUGAUCCGCUGGUGUGCAGCGCAGUCAGUCUGCCCGGGUACGGAGAACAAGCUGAGCACGCUGUCCGACCUGGACCAGCAGUACCGCACCCUGAGGAAGCUCUACGAGAACUGCGAGGUCGUCAUGGGAAACCUGGAGAUCACCAGCAUCGACCGAAAUCGCAACCUGUCCUUCCUGAAGUCCAUAAGAGAAGUGACGGGCUAUGUGUUGGUGGCGCUCAAUCAGUUUGAGUCCCUGCCGCUGGAAAACCUGCGGAUCAUCCGAGGCACCAAGCUGUAUGAGGGCCGCUACGCUCUGGCCAUCUUCCUCAACUACAGGCGGGACGGCUUCUACGGCCUGAGGCAGCUGGGCCUCCGCAACCUGACGGAGAUACUGAGCGGCGGCGUCUACGUGGACCAGAACAAGUUCCUGUGCCACGCUGACACCAUCCACUGGCGCGAUAUUAUCAAGAAUCCCCAGGCGGAGCUGCUGGUGGUCCCGUCCAACAACAGCAACAACGGAUGCAGGCGCUGCCAUCGCUCCUGCAUCGGACGCUGCUGGGGUCCUCAGGAAAGCCAGUGUCAAACAUUGACAAAAUCGGUGUGUGCAGAGCAGUGUGACGGUCGCUGCUUCGGGCCUUACGUCAGCGACUGCUGCCAUCGAGAAUGCGCCGGCGGCUGCUCUGGCCCCAAGGACACCGACUGCUUUGCCUGCACCAACUUCAACAACAGCGGCGCCUGCGUCACCCAGUGCCCCCAGCCGUUUGUCUACAACCCCACCUCCUUCCAGCUGGAGCCCAACCCCCGAGCCAAGUACACGUACGGAGCCUUCUGCGUGAAGAAAUGCCCCCAUAACUUCGUGGUGGACCACAGCUCCUGCGUCAGAGCGUGUCCCAGCAACAAGAUGGAGGUGGAGGAGAACCGCAUCAAAAUGUGCAUCCCAUGCACCGACAUCUGCCCUAAAGUGUGCGACGGCAUCGGGACGGGCAGCCUGCAGACGGCUCAGACUGUGGACGCCAGCAACAUAGACAAGUUCAUCAACUGCACCAAAAUCAACGGCAAUCUCAUCUUUCUCAUCACCGGCAUCAAAGGGGACAUGUACCACGGUAUCGGACCUUUGGACCCGGAGCGUCUCAGCGUCUUCCGCACCGUCAAGGAGAUCACAGGGUACCUGAACAUCCAGUCUUGGCCUGAAAACAUGACGGAUCUGAGCGUUUUCUCCAACUUGGCGACCAUCGGAGGCAGAUCUCUCUAUAGCGGGACCGGCAUUUCUCUGCUGAUCCUGAAGCAGCUCUGGAUCUCCGCCCUCCACUUCCAAUCUCUGAACGAGAUCAGUGCCGGAAACGUCUACAUCAUGAACAACACCCGCCUCUGCUUCUACAACACCGUCAACUGGACGUCGCUCUUCAGGACCUCCAGCCAAAAGGUCGUCGUCCGCAACAACCGGGACCCCAAGGAGUGCACUCAGCACCAGAUGGUGUGCGACCGCAUGUGUUCGGACGAUGGCUGUUGGGGCCCGGGGCCCGACCAGUGCCUCUCCUGCCGCUACUUCAAACGAGGCCGCACCUGCGUGGAGUCCUGCAACCUGUUUGACGGGGAAGCGCGGGAAUUUGCCAAUGGAUCCGUGUGCCUGGACUGCGACAGCCAAUGCGAGAAGAUGGACGGAAACAGCCUAACGUGUCUUGGCCCGGGUCCAGACCAGUGUGUAAAAUGCCUUCACUUCAAAGACGGGCCCAACUGUGUGGAGAAGUGCCCCGAUGGACUGCAGGGCGCCAACAGCUUCAUUUUCAAAUACGCCAAGGCCAACAACGAGUGUCAUCCCUGCCACGCCAACUGCACCCAGGGGUGCAUCGGGCCACGGCUCCAGGACUGUGUGGGGAUGAUGGACAGGACGCCGCUGAUAGCAGCCGGUGUCAUUGGGGGGCUGUUCGUCGUCGUCAUCCUGGCGCUCAGCGUGGCCGUUUACGUUCGACGCAAAAGCAUCAAGAAGAAGAGAGCCUUGAGACGCUUCCUAGAGACGGAGCUGGUGGAGCCCCUGACCCCCAGUGGCACCGCCCCCAAUCAGGCUCAGCUGCGCAUCCUGAAGGAGACGGAGCUGAAGAGGGUCAAGAUCUUGGGCUCUGGCGCGUUUGGAACCGUCUAUAAGGGCAUCUGGGUUCCAGAGGGCGAGACGGUGAAGAUCCCCGUCGCCAUAAAGAUCCUGAGCGAGGCCACUGGUCCCAAGGCCAACGUGGAGUUCAUGGACGAGGCACUGAUCAUGGCCAGUAUGGAGCACCCCCACCUGGUGCGCCUCCUCGGUGUGUGCCUGAGCCCCACCAUCCAGCUGGUCACCCAGCUCAUGCCCCACGGCUGUCUCCUGGACUACGUCCACGAGCACAAGGACAACAUCGGAUCGCAGCUGCUGCUCAACUGGUGCGUCCAGAUCGCAAAGGGGAUGAUGUACCUGGAGGAAAGGCGGUUGGUCCACAGAGACCUGGCGGCUCGGAACGUGCUCGUCAAGUCGCCCAAUCACAUCAAGAUCACCGACUUCGGCUUGGCCCGGCUCCUGGACGCCGACGAGAAGGAGUACAACGCGGACGGGGGCAAGGUUGGUAUGCCCGUCAAGUGGAUGGCCCUGGAGUGCAUCCACUACAGGAAGUUCACACAUCAGAGCGACGUGUGGAGCUACGGAGUGACCAUUUGGGAGCUGAUGACAUUCGGCGGCAAACCGUACGACGGCAUCCCCACGCGGGAGAUCCCAGACAUCCUGGAGAAGGGCGAGCGACUGCCGCAGCCUCCCAUAUGCACCAUCGACGUCUACAUGGUCAUGGUGAAAUGCUGGAUGAUCGAUGCAGACAGCAGGCCCAAGUUCAAGGAACUGGCUGCAGAGUUCUGCAGAAUGGCCCGUGACCCCCAGCGGUACCUGGUCAUCCAGGGAGACGACCGCAUGAAGCUGCCCAGCCCCAACGACAGCAAGUUCUUCCAGAGCCUGCUGGACGAGGAGGACCUGGACGACCUGAUGGACGCCGAGGAGUACCUGGUGCCUCGGGGUUUCAACAUGGCCGCCACGUCGGGCUGCGCGAGGCCUCGUGUUGACUCCAACCGAAACCAGUUUGGCUAUCGGGACGGGGGCCCGAACACAGUGGAGGGGUCUCUGGUGGGGGCCCAUGGCGGAGGGAACCAGGAGGCAUCCAGCAGCCAGGGCCCGGUUCUGGAGGACCAACCGGUAAGAGUACCUCCAUAAAGCA